GGCGGCGGGCUGGAGCGGACAGUUUACUGUUUGCGCACGGACUGGGAGCGGCAGGCAGACCGGGACGCCGGCGUAGGUUUCAAUCUCCCGCUCUCCGGGCAUGGAUUUACCUGGCAGGUCCAGGCCGGGAAGACGGAGCUCAACAAAGUCUUCAUUAGUUGCGCCAAAGCAUCGUGCUUCAACUUGUGUUCCCACUAGAACCUCAAGUAAUGCAACUGCUUCCACAGCUGUUAGGAGGAAUAGUGAGGCACCAUCACAAUGUAGACGUCCACUGCUGACCAGAAAAAGUCCACCUCAAGGUUGUUCAAAAAUUCCACUAACUGAAUUGGGGAAACAGACACUUGGUGCCAAUAACUUGAAAGUUUUUGAGAAACGAGUGCUAAGAGUGCCGAGUGUCUCAACUGUCAAAAACAGUCAAUUCAGCACAGACUCCUUCGAUGUAAAUUCUGCCCAAAAGUUGGGUAGAAAGACAGGUACCAAAUUCAAAACUGCUGCAAAAGAAAAUUCUCUGAAUGCAACAUAUUGUCUUCCAAGUUCUGAUGACGAGUAUACAAGGCAAAUUCCUCUAAAAACAAAAAGUGUGGAUGCAGUAAUGUUACAACAAAAGUUGCCCAACACUAAUGUGUCCAACAGUGUCCCUGAACAUGAGCAAACACAAUUAGCCCAUUGUCCACUUCGCCUUACGGAACCUAGUUAUUUGUCACCUUUAUUCAGCAGUUUUGUUGUAGAAGAAUGCUUACAUAUAGCGGCUGAGUUAAGUAAUAAAAGUGAGACAUGUCUUCUCCAUGCAGUUGAUGCAAUAAAUCCUGUUUCGGUGCCCAAUGUUUCCAUGAUAAAUGAGGAACCUGUACCAUUGGACUGUUCAGUGUAUUCCUGCUGUUCAGACACCUCUCCAACAAAAUUGCCACUUGGUGGCAGCACUUCACAGUUGCAAGAAGAUAAGGAUACUAGUUGUCAACUAAUUCUCACAGAAGCAGAAAUCAAAACUCAAGACUCACCAGUCAGUGCUAAAAUGAAUGAUGACGAUGUUGAGACUGGAACUCUGCCUUGGUCCCCUUCAGGAAAUUUGAUCCAGAUAAAUGAAACCAUGAUGCAGAGUGACCAUAAUGACCAUGAAGGUGAUGCACCAAAGCAAAAUGUCUAUUCUAGCAAUGUCCUGAGCAAGUUGCCCUCUGUAUCCAAUUGCACGAUGUCCCUUUCCACAGUAGAUUUAAUCCAGUUGGGUGAAAUCCAGGUGAGAGGUGCAUCAAAUACACAAUCUUUGGACAUAAAGACUGAUGCAUCUUGUGAAAGUUUCAUGACAGCCAAGACUUUGUCUAACUGUAAUUUGUCACUAUCUAAGAAAGACCUGCUGUUGUGUGAAAGAAGCAUGCUAAGUGAUGAAAACCAAAUUUUGCCAAAGCACAGAGGCAGUUUUGAAAAUGAACUCGAGGCACCUGCUUUGUUAGAUUGCACACCGUCUUUCACUACAGCUGAUUUAAUCCAGUUGAAUGAAACAAUGAUUGAGCGAGAUAAUAAAAAUAUAACCUUUGAUUUAUCAGAACAUGAAAGUAGUUUUGGAAAUAACCUCCAGGUUUCUGCCUUAUCCAAUUACAAGCUGCCCCUAUCUGCACAGGUGGUAGUGCAGUUAAAUGGUACCAUGACUGUGGAUAACCAUAAAAAUGUAACUUUUGAAACGUCAAAACAUGAAGAUGUGGGAAAUGACCUCAAGGUAACUAACUCAUCCAAUUACACACUGCCCCCGUCUAUGAGAGAAACGGUGCAGUUAAAUGGUACCUUGACCAUGGACGACCAUAAAAAUGCAACAUUUGAUGCACCAAAGUAUGAAGGUAGUCCCCAAAAUGAUAGCAAAGCACCUGUUUUGUCCAAUUGUGAACUGCUGCUGCAAUUAAAUAGCACCAUGGCUGUGAAUGAUCAUAAAAAUGCAACACUGGAUGCACCAAAGCAUGAAGGUAGUCCCGAAAAUGAUAGCAAAGCACCUGUCUUGCCCAGUUGUGAACUACGGCAGUUAAAUGGAACCAUGACCAUGGAUGACCAUAAAAAUACAACAUUUGAUGCACCAAAGCAUGAAGGUAGUCCCGAAAAUGAUAGCAAAGCACCUGCCUCAUCCAGUUGUGAACUACUGCUGCAGUUAAAUAGCACCAUGACUGUGGAUGACUAUAAAAAUGCAACAUUUGAUGCACCAAAGCAUGAAGGUAGUCCUGAAAAUGAUAGCAAAACACCUGUCUUGUCCAAUUGUGAACUACUGCUGCAGUUAAAUAGCACCAUGGCUGUGGAUGACUAUAAAAAUGCAACACUUCAUGCACCAAAGCAUGAAGGUAGUCCCGAAAAUGAUAGCAAAGCACCUGCCUCGUCCAAUUGUGAACUGCUGCAGUUAAAUAGCACCAUGGGUGUGGAUGACUAUAAAAAUGCAACAUUUGAUGCACCAAAGCAUAAAGGUAGUCCUGAAAAUGAUAGCAAAGCACCUGCCUCGUCCAGUUGUGAACUACUGCUGCAGUUAAAUGGUACCGUGACCAUGGAUGACCAUAAAAAUGCAACAUUUGAUGCACCAAAGCAUGAAGGUAGUCCUGAAAAUGAUAGCAAAACACCUGUCUUGUCCAAUUGUGAACUACUGCUGCAGUUAAAUAGCACCAUGGCUGUGGAUGACUAUAAAAAUGCAACACUUCAUGCACCAAAGCAUGAAGGUAGUCCUGAAAAUGAUAGCAAAGCACCUGCCUCGUCCAAUUGUGAACUACUGCUGCAGUUAAAUAGCACCAUGGGUGUGGAUGACUAUAAAAAUGCAACAUUUGAUGCACCAAAGCAUAAAGGUAGUCCUGAAAAUGAUAGCAAAGCACCUGCCUCGUCCAGUUGUGAACUACUGCUGCAGUUAAAUGGUACCAUGACCAUGGAUGACCAUAAAAAUGCAACAUUUGAUGCACCAAAGCAUGAAGGUAGUCCUGAAAAUGAUAGCAAAGUGUCUGCCUUAUCCAAUCGUGAACUGCUGCUACAGUUAAAUAGUACCAUGGCGGUGGAUGACCAUAAAAAUGCAACAUUUGAUGCACCAAAGCAUGAAGGUAGUCCCGAAAAUGAUAGCAAAGCGUCUGCCUUGUCCAAUUGUGAGUUGCUUCUAUUUACGAGCAGUGGAGCACAAUUAAAUGGAAUUGUAACUGUCACUGAUUGCAAUGCUGCAUUUGAUACAUCAAAGUGUGAAGACAGUUUGGAAAAUAACCCCAGCAAAACAACUAACUUCCCCAAUUGCAAGCUGCCUCGAUCUUCAGGAGGCUCAAAUGAAAUCAGACUUAUGAGAAAACAUGCCCCAGAUUAUGGAUCAAAGUUGGAGCAGGUGAAGCAGAAUGGCAAAAGUAGUAUCUCAAAUUCAACUCUGAAUUUAGGGAAGGGGGGUGACUCUACAUGUACGAAUAAAAUAUCCAGUGAAACAAAUCAAGGAGGUGAUAACUGGUCUGCUUUAGAAAGAAGUCUACAUUUGAGAGACACUUCCCAGAACAAGGAACUAAGCAUUUGUGAGCAUGCAGAUUUAGUUGAUAUAGUGAGUUCAGAAUGGGCUCCACACUGCAUGUCCACUCCAUACGUAAGAGGGAAACAGAGUUUUCCAGAAUAUCUACAACUUGACCAUUCUUUCCUGGCCUCAUACUGUGCACUUCAGGAUAGUGAGCAUGAUGGAGUGGGUGAGUGUCCAGAUGAACAAAACAAGACAAAAGGUGACUCUGAAAGCUCUAGCAUUGAUGCCACUGAAACUAAAAACAGUAGGAGAAAAGAUUCAAAUGCACCAAGACCUGGACAGCGAUUGCAGCAAACUAAAAUGGGAACUGAGAGUUCCUUAAAACAUGUUUCUUCUCUCCCUGGAGUCAGAAGGAAAAACAUCAGUCAAGCACCUGUGUCUGAAGCGCACAAAUCUGGAGCACAUAAGGACUCUGUACCACCUCCGACUAGAAUCUGUAAAGUAGGUUCUACUGCUGUGGGAAGAGGAGGAAAGCCUCCAAUGCAACCACCUAGUUUUUCAAAGAUAUGCCUUCCAAAGCCUCGUCUGGUUUUGGGAAGGCUGAGCAGUGCAAUAGGGACUGGGCAAAAUGCAGCAAACAACAAACUUUCGUCAUGCCACAUUGGAGUCAAUGCCAAAAUGUCUGCUAAAGCAGAACCUAAUCAACCUUUGACUAAAGCUAUUUCAAAGAUACCUGGAAUGAAGAAAAGAUCGUCACUGGUAUCAUCAAAGCUAACUGUUCAGGAAACAAAAGUAGACUCCAAACCAGCUGAACUUUUCAAUAUAGGUAUGGCUGCCCCUCAACAUGUCAACCAAAAAUCCAAUAAGUCUUUAGUUUUGGCUUCCCAAAAUGUUGUCACUGGCAUAAAACGCCCAAGCAGUGCAAUAGAACAGAAGAGAAGACUAUGUCCAUCCCCAAAGAGAUCUAAGACAGUUGGAGAGGUGACUGCCAAAUUUGGAAAGAAAACAAAACCAUUAUCAGGAAACUGCCAACAGAAGGUGGGAGCGAAGGCAGGAGAAAGUCUAACAUCAGAACCAAAAGUCAAACUGAUUAAAACAGCAGAUUCCACAUGUAGAUCUGAACAGGAGCAAGUCGCCAAGCUUCAGAGAAGAAACCAAGAGUUGGAGGAGAAAAUUGCCAUGUUGGAGCUGCAAAAUGCUGCUCUUCGACAGGGGAAAGAGAAUCUCUCUUUUCCAGAAGAAGGAUCUAAUGUUUAGAGCUUUGUGCCUGAAUGAAAGGUGGCUAGAUUCACUAGAUGCUGAUAUGGAGUGAUUCUUAUCACCCUUAACUACUCAACUCAACUUUAAACUGACCCAAAGCUGCAUCUGUGGGCGAACUUCCUGAAUUGUCAGCUAAUUCUUGAGAACUUUAUAAUCACGUUGAAUUGUGACCCCAGGGUUGCUGAUUUUCAACUUUGCAGUAUUACUUUUGAAAAUCAAGUGUGAAGCCUCAACAUGGUCAGUCUGCCUUAUUUUUUGUGAUAAUUGUUUACAUCUGUGAAAUGUUUCUAUAGUCAAGUUAAUUUUGCAACAUGCAGCUGCCUCAACAUUAAUAUUUAAUCUAAUCUUCCUCUGGCUUGCUUGCUGUCUGUUAAAUGUAUAUGUAUGCAUUGUGUGUGUAUGCACUGUAUUUUUAUAGUUUACAACAAAUAAAAUUUAUCAACAUCCAA